UUCUUCUUCACAGUUCCCAACAGUUUAAAAGCAUAAACCGGUUUCCUCGCGACUCCCAUCUUCUUCCCCAACUCCCCGCGGGAAAAAUCCGUAGCCAUUUUGUUAUCCGCUUCCCGCCGGCAAUGUUGCCGGUAUUUCCACAUCUGUCGCCGCCGCCUGAGGUCUAACUCUGUAUACGGCUACAAUUCCACUUGUUAUGGCUCUCUCUGCCUCUACGCCGCAGAGCUUGAAGCUUCGUAUUCUCUCGUGCCUUACCAAGCUUUCCGAUCGAGAUACCUAUUCUCUUGCUGCAUCCGAGCUAGAAUCCAUUGCUCAGAAUCUUGACGGGAGUACCUUGCCGAUUUUCCUUUCAUGUAUAUAUUCCACUGAUGCUUCGGAUAAAUUGCUGGUUAGGAAGCAAUGCAUUCGUCUCUUUGCUGUUGUCUCAGAGAUUCAUGGAAAUUCUCUCGCUCCUUACCUAUCGAAGAUUCUUUCUAAUAUCACACGCCGGUUCCGCGAUCCUGAUUCGUCGGUCCGAUCUGCUUGUGUUAGCUCUGUAACAGCAUUAGCUUCCGGUGUUACCAAACCGCCGUUUUCGACAUUUUUGAAGCCUUUAACUGAUUCGCUUUUCACGGAGCAAGAUUCUAAUUCGCAGGUCGGAGCGGCGUUGUGCUUGGCUUCGGCAAUUGAUGCUGCACCGGAUCCGGAUCCGGUUAAGAUCGGCAAGCUUUUGCCGAGGUUUGAGAAGCUUUUGAAAUGCGAGAGUUUCAAGGCGAAGCCGGCUCUCUUAACGCUGAUCGGGAGUGUUAUUGGAGUUGACGGAGCUUUAGGAAAUGGAGCUCUAAAAAAUUUGGUCCCCUGCUUGGUUGCAUUCCUCAGCAGUGAGGAUUGGGCGGCGAGAAAGUCUGCGGCAGAGGCGUUAGGUAAGCUAGCAGUCGUGGAGAGGGAUGCUCUGGCAGAGUUCAAGGCCGGUUGCUUGAAAACGCUCGAGAGUCGGCGAUUCGAUAAGGUUAAAGCUGUACGUGAGGUAAUGAGUCAGAUGCUCGAGGCAUGGAAACAGAUUCCUGAUCUCUCGGAUGAGGCAUCUGCGCCUGCUUAUUCCCAAUCUUCCUCGAAAGAAAUCGUAAGUGAUGGACGUUAUCCACCUGGAUUUAAGAAUAAUUCUUCAGCUCGUCUUGAUGCUCCUCUCCCGAGGAAGAACGUUAUCUCAGCUUACAGGUCUACACCGCCGGAUGCCUCACCUGCGACGGCAGCGAGAAGGAGAAGCUCUUUGAGCGGUGGUGAUAAGAAAGCAAGUUUGUCAAUGCUCCAGAAGGCUGAGCGUAAGAAGCCUCUGGACUGGAAAGUAGAAGUCUCUGUUAGGAAAUCUCCCUCGGGAGAACUGAAGGAAAGAGAUGAAAACAUUCCGGAUAGAAGGUUCAGUGAGAAAACAAAGAUUUCGAAACCAGAAACAAAACGCGCACUCUUCAACAAGAUUUCUGACGAUAAGACUAUUAAAUUCGGUGGACUCCGGUCUGGAUCUCGCGUAGUUCCUUGUCCAGAGGAUUUUCCUGAAUCGACUGUUGUAGCAAGUAGUGCAACCGAUGAUCUGCACAGGAACCACAAAGACUCUGAAGAAUUACAUUUGAUCCGUAACCAGCUUAGUCAAAUUGAAAAGCAGCAAUCCAGUCUUCUGGAUAUCCUCCAGAACUUCAUUGGGAGUUCCCAGAACGGAAUGCGAUCCUUGGAGACGCGUGUACAUGGUCUCGAACUGGCAUUGGAUGAGAUCUCAUAUGAUCUAGCUGUAUCAAGUGGAAGGAUGUCUUAUGCUAAUACUCCCACAACCACUUGUUGCCUACUACCAGGAGCUGAUUUUUUGAGCUCAAGGUUCUGGAAGAGAGCAGAAAGCAGACACUCAACGUCAAAGUUCUCUACUCCCAUUCGUGCAACUCCACUGGCUCCAAUCCGCAGCAGAUCAGGCGAUCGCCAUGGAACCAAUGUGGAUGUUGGAUCCACGAAUCUGGAGAAUCAUAGGUUUCAUAUCCAGCGACGGGGUGGAUUUAUGGUGAAUCCAUUGGCUGUGAGACAAAGUGAACCCAGGGCUGCCUCAGAUGUAACACACUAAAGAGCUUACGGCUAAAUGGGUUUUCACAUUCCUUGUGCCAAUGGGAAUCUAAAGUGGGGAUUCAGAAAGCAAUUACUACCACGAUUUAUGUGGCUAAGGUAAUGCAUUUAAUAGCAUUUUUCUAUUAUAUGUUCAAGAGCCAAGUGAUCUGAAAAUUCAGUGAGGUGUCCUCAAAAAUUUGAGUGAGGUGUCAAAGUUAAAUUUCUCUUUUCCCUAUUGAUGUGGCUAAGGCAAUGCAUUUCUUUUAAAUUUUUCUUUUUUUGUUUGGGAAUGUGAUUGAAAUUGGAAACAAUAGGAGUCUACACUUAAAUGCCAAAUAUUCUAAUAUCUAGAAAGGAGAGUGAUUAAUGAUGUGUAAAUAGGAAGCAGAAUACAAAGGCCUUUUUCACUUCACUUUACACUUACGAUUUUACUCACUGGGGUGUGGAGUUCUUUUCGAUCGGUUGAAACUUAUUGCUUGAAGUGGAAAAGAGUACAUAUAUUUGGUUGAUGAUUA